CUAAAUACUGAAACUCAGUUGGUUACGAGGGAAAACAGCGGAUGUGUUUAUCCUAAAUCUGACAACUAACGCAGUAAGUUUGCCGUUUUAACAGACUGUUUUAGUUAUUAGCACUUGUCCAUAACACAGGAAAGGCUACGAUUUAUAUCUCCAGCUUCGCAUCAUGUCCGCAGAUCUGGAUCUUUCUCCUCCGGAGGUUCCCGAGCCCACUUUCUUCGAGAGUCUCCUGCGUUAUGGAUUGUUUCUAGGAGCCAUUUUUCAACUUAUUUGUAUUUUAGCAAUAAUCAUACCCACAUCCAAGAGCCACGAACAGGUGGAGACGCCGGAGCCGGUUGACGCUCGCAGCUCUGAGCAGAACCGAAAGCCGAAGGGACCCGUUCAACAAAUCCGACAGAAACUGAAAAAGGAGAGCAAGAAGAAGAGAUAGAGAAUAUGUGUGUGUGAGAGUGUGAACAGUGAAGGUGCAGCCGUGAAUGUGUGUGUCUGACAAACUUUCUAAUAAUGGAUUCACUUACAGCAUUAAAGGAUGUGGUUUGAACAAGACAUUGUUCAGCCUUUAGAUCAUCUGUUUUUUUUGUAUUUUGCCAUGUCUUUCAAAACAGUGAUUUUAUGUCACAUUAUGUACGUAUCAUUGUUUUUGUAGUAAUAUUUGGUGUGAUUUUUUUAUGCCAGUUUUAAGUACAUUCAUCUGAAUAAACUGAUGACUAUUUA